AUGGCGGCUCGUCGUCGAGUUCGAAGCCUUGAAGAUUUGAACGAAAACAACAACGAUGGGGGUUGCACGUUUGAACAAUUUAAUCGAACGCAUCCUCCUAUCUUUGAUGGAAGAGGUGAUACGAACACAGCGGAUGAUUGGAUACAAGACAUUAAAGAAAUAUUCAGUGUUUUGGAGUGUACUGAUCAACAAAAGGUUCGGUUCGCAGCUUUUAAAUUGACUGGAGAAGUGAAGAGAUGGUGGAAUUCUGAAAAAGUCAUCAAGGAAGUUGAAGGUUCCGGAGUGAUUGUUUGGGCUCAAUUCAAGCAGAAUUUCUUUGAUCGAUUUUUCCCUAAGGCUGAUAGGGAAGCAAGAGCUCGAGAGUUCACCAACUUGGUGCAAGGGACCAUGACUGUGCGCCAGUAUGCUGCAAGGUUUGUGGAAUUAUCAUGCUUUGCCGCAUACUUGAUUCCUGAUGAGGAGAAAAAGACCAGGAAGUUUGAGGAAGGCUUGAACUACAGGAUUUAUGAACGAGUGAUGGUCUUACAGAUUCAGAAUUUUUCAGAAUUAGUGCACAAGGCGAUGCUAGUUGAGCAGAAUCUCAAGAGGGGUGCUGAAUUGCAAGAACAGAGGAAGAGAGCUGCUCCACAAGGAUUCUCUAGUUCGGAUCAAGGGCAAUGGAAGAGGAGAAAUGAGGGAAGCAGUUCAAGUCAGAGACAUAUACAGGAAAAUCAUACAUCUAACCUCUGCAAAUUCUAUAACCGCAUACACGUUGGGGAGUGCAGAAAGGAAGUGGGAUCAUGUUUCAAAUGUGGUAAGGAUGGGCACUUCAUCAGAGAAUGUCCAUUGCUUGCAGAGAACAACAGAAGGCCCAACCCACCUCAAAACUUUAGGCCUAAUAACAAAGGCAACAAUCAGCGAAGGACUGUGCCGGCACGGGUGUUUGCUUUGACACCGGGAGAAGUUGAGGACAAGAAUGAUGUCAUCACAGGUAAAAUUUUCUGA